GACACCUCAGCGCGCAGGCGCAGGACCCCAGCCAACAUGGCGGCGCCCGACUUCUCGGCCGGGGAGUUUGAAAAGUGGCUGAAUGAGCGGCUGGACGGCCUCGGGGCGGACCGGGAGGUUUACGGUGCCUACAUCCUCGGUGUCCUGCAGGAGGAGGAGAGCGACGAGGAGAAAAGCGACGCGCUGAACGGCAUCCUGUCCGCUUUUGUGGAUGAAGACACACUUGAGGAGGUUUGUCAGCAGAUCCUGAAUCAGUGGACCGACUGCUGCUCUCGAAAUGCAGCCGCCAGCAAUCACCCAGAGGAUGAAGUUCAAGCCAUCGCCAGUCUGAUUGAGAAGCAGGCUCAGAUCGUAGUCAAGCAGAAGGAAGUGUCUGAGGAAGCCAAGAAGAGGAAAGAGGCGCUGCUGGCUCAGUACGCGAACGUCACGGACGACGAAGAAGAAGGCGAGGACGAGGAGGAAGCGGCAGGAGCCGUGGGAAUCCCCACCGACAAAUCUCUGUUUAAGAACACCAACGUGGAGGACGUGUUUAAUCGGACCCGUCAGCAGCGCGAGCAGGCCAAGGAGGACGCAAAGAAGAAGAAGGAGCAGGACAAGAUGCAGCGUGAGAAGGAUAAGCUCACCAAGCAGGAGCGCAAAGACAGGGAGAAGAAGCGCACACAGAAGGGCGAGCGCAAGAGAUAGACGAGGAAAUCCAUUACGGACUCGAACGCUCAAGACGAGGGACGAGUAACGUCUCUGUGGACCGUGUUCUGGUGGAAACUUGGGCUUUUUCUUUUUUGUUUUGUUUGUUUGUGUCUUUCUUUCUUUUAAUAAACAGGGUUUCAGAUCUUCUCAGCA